AAAAUAAAUGAUAAUGAAAACUUGUUAUCACAGUUUGCAGAUGACAUAGCCAUAAUAUUAGAUGGAAAAGAAACCUCCUUGAGGGAAACACUCAACAUUUUAGAUUUAUUUUACAAAAUGUCAGGACUUAAAGCAAAUUUAGAUAAAACUAAAGCAGUCUGGAUUGGGUCAAAAAAAUAUUCAAAAGAAAAGCUAUGCAAAGAUUUGAAAUUAAUAUGGGAACAAGGAAACUUUAAAAUUUUAGGGAUAACGUUUACAACUGUUUUGGAAGAUAUAACAGAUUUUAACUUCAGAGAAAAGAUAAAUAGCGCAAAGACACUAAUGGGCAUGUGGACAUGGCGUCAAUUAACAAUAAUUGGCAGAAUAUAUGUUAUUAAAUUUCUUGUUUUACCCAAGUUCAUACAGUUACUAUUAUCCUUACCAAACCCAAAUAAUCAUGUAUUUAAUGAAAUAGAAAGUAUGUUUUUCAAAUUCAUCUGA